CCAGAAGGAGUCAACUCUGCACCUCGUGCUGCGCCUCAGGGGAGGGAUGCAGAUCUUCGUGAAGACCCUGACUGGCAAGACCAUCACCCUGGAAGUUGAGCCCAGUGAUACCAUUGAGAACGUGAAGGCCAAGAUCCAGGACAAGGAAGGUAUUCCCCCUGACCAGCAGAGGCUGAUCUUCGCUGGGAAGCAGCUGGAGGAUGGGCGCACCCUGUCUGACUACAACAUCCAGAAGGAAUCCACCCUGCACCUCGUGCUGCGCCUCAGGGGUGGCUAUUAAAGUUGUUGUGUAUCUUGCUUGGCAAUGCCAUUGCCUGUGGUUCCUGUGUUUGCACUGUAGUUCUUUUAAUGUCUUAAUUUUAAGUUAAAUGCAAGGGUAAUGCAAGCUUGAGUAACUGCUGAACAACUGUCUGUUGAAAUGCUAAUAAAGUUUUCUGUUGCACAUGACAACUUGUCUGUCUCAGUUCAAGUGAGUAAAAGUGGUGUAGUCAGUGAAGUGCUUUGGCCUUCUCCCAUAGCAGUUUAAGUCUCUCUGCAUGUAUAAUGAGGACCAGCCUUGUGGUUAAAAUGGAUCUGGAUUAAAAUUUUAA